AGUAACAGAUGGUAUUGGUAUUGUCAGUGGCAGGUCAUCUUAUAGAAAGUUUGUAGCCUUCGUAAUUUUUUUUCCUAUGUGAUUGGCUGUGUAGUGAUGGAAGAGAUCAGUAUUUUAACGGAAAGCAUUAUUAAAAUAGAACCGGUUAAAGAAGAACCAGUAGAAGUAAAGGAAGAUGAUUCCUGGAAUGCCUUUGUUAAAGAAGAACCUAUAGAAGUGAAGGAAGAUAAUUCCUGGAAUGCCUUUGUCAAAGAAGAACCAGUAGAAGUGAAGGAAGAUAAUUCCUGGAAUACCUUUGUUAAAGAAGAACCUUUAGAAGUGAAGGAAGAUAAUUCCUGGAAUGCCUUUGUUAAAGAAGAACCAGAUGAUGUGAAUGAAGACAAUUGCUGGAAUGCCUUUGUGAGUAAUAUUAUUAUUAACGGCAUAAUCUAACCAGUCUUUUGUGGUAAUUGGAAAGUAAUUGGUGAUGACAUUUUGGAGAUUAGAAGAAGUAGCCACCAUUUUGGAGGUACAGAUUUCUUCAUCAUUGAAGAGUGCUGAGGGAUGGGUGGUAGUUGGAGUGCUGAGCUUGAAUGCCUGAUUGGAGCAGGAGAAAAUUGAAGGGUCCACAGAAAUGUGAAUUUUAUGGUGAUCUAAUUUAAUGGUGUUAUUGCUUUGAAAGGUGAUUCUGGAGAGGUUUUAGCACUUAAUAGCCUGGUAAGGAAAGGAACUACUAUUUACAUUACUGCCUCCAAAAUGUCAAGGAUAUAAAUGCCGAAUUUUGCAUUGUGGAGAUUAAAAAGAAAGGAAAGGUGUUACUAUCACUGAAAGAAUGUAACAAGUUUUGCAAUUAAAGGCACCAUGAACCAUCUCCAAAGUGUAAUUUUUUUAUUAGAAUUUUGAAGAUCUUGAAUUUUUUUUUUCUUUCCUUUUCCUGUUUCUGCUAAUUUAAAUUUAAUUGCAUUCAUCUGUAUAUUGAAAGGCGGCUAGUAAAGAUAAUGUUCUUCAGUGCAUUCCUUUCAGUGAUUUGAAUGAUAUUUUUAAAAUCGGCUACUACAAUGAAUUCUUUUCCCAUUUUCUCGUUAAUUUGGUUUUCAAAUUGUGCCUUUUUUACAGUUCCAUCACAAUAGCACUUGCUAUCACUAAAAGAGUAGUUUGCCUUUAAGUUCAAUAAAAAGUCCAUCAAUUAUGGACUCCCAAUAUUUGAACUAUUAAUGUGUGUAAUGUUCUUAACUUAUAAUUUGGAUAUUUUCAUAAGUUAGUAUAAAUAAAUGAAUUUUAAGUUUAUAUUAAUUUUAUCUUCAAUACAAUAGAAAUAUUUAUUUUGGUUAUAUUGCUUGUAAAUUUUAAUUAAAUAGUAAUUUAUUUUUUAGUUGUACAAUAUAGUUGAAAUAUAUUGUUCAUGCAGUAUAAUCACAUCAGUGGCAUAGCAUAUUGAGGGUUGCCUGCCCCGGGCAAUAAAAAAUGUCAUAAUAAAUAACAAUAAUAAUAAUAAUUAUUAUUAUUAUUAUUAUUAUUUUGCAUAUGGGCCAUUACUGACCACGCUACACGAUUUAAUGUGUGUAAUUCUUCAGGAUCAGCUUUUCAGCUGUAUCCUAGGAUUACGACAAGGUUGUUACGCCUUGAAGUAUGCAUUAUGAGAUGAAUGGAUGACGAUGAUAGGUGAAGGGACAAUCACAAGUACGACCAUGUCUUAAGCAGGACUCUAACCUGCAGCCUCCUCGGCACAGACGACAGCUGCCGCAACCGUCUGCGCCACGGGGCCGAUUAUUAUUAUUAUUAUUAUUAUUAUUAUUAUUAUUAUUAUUAUUAUUAUUAUUAUUAUUAUAAUUAAUCUUGUAAAACUUAGAACCAUUUCAUUUCAUAUUUUUGUCCCACCUACGAUUCGGACAGAUUAAAAUGAGCAUGGAAUCCUUCAUUACUUAUUUUGCAAUUACUUUUUCAAAUGAAUUUAUACGAAUGGCAUGUUGCUAAGUGUAGCACCUGGCAACACCGUCUGUACUGACUAUUAGGAUUUACUUGUAUUUUAUUUUGUGAUUGGAUUGUUUAUGAAUAUUAUUCAGUGAGAUUGACUUCUAUCCUAUAAAAAGUAUUGUUCAAUAUUGUAGUAUAAUAUCACCUGCAAAUUAGAUUGCAGUACAGAUAAGUCUCUUUAGGGAAGUCCUUGAGUUGGUUUUAAGGCUUACCAAUCUGGCUAUCUUGUCUAUUAAGC